UUGGACUGGGCAGGCGUCGGGGUAGCAGUGGAGCGGGCUUCCUGGCUGGCUCUCGAGGACCAGGCCAUGGAGCGCGAAGUGCAGCGGGUUCGCCAGGCGUUCCGGUCCGGCCGGUCGCGACCCCUGCGGUUCCGGCUGCAGCAGCUGGAGGCCCUGCGGAGGAUGGUGUUGGAACGCGAGAAGGACAUCCUGGCGGCCAUCGGCGCCGACCUGUGCAAGAGUGAAUUCAACGCAUACAGUCAGGAAGUCAUUACUGUUCUUGGGGAAAUUGAUUUUAUGCUGGAGAAUCUUCCUGAAUGGAUUACUGCUAAAUCAGUUAAGAAAAACCUGCUCACCAUGCUGGAUGAGGCCUAUGUUCAACCAGAGCCUCUAGGAGUGGUGCUAAUUAUUGGAGCUUGGAACUACCCCUUUGUUCUCACCAUUCACCCACUGGUAGGAGCCAUCGCUGCAGGAAAUGCUGUGAUUAUCAAGCCUUCUGAACUAAGUGAAAAUACAGCCACCAUCUUGGCAAAGCUCCUCCCUCAAUAUUUAGACCAGGACCUGUAUGCUGUUGUGAAUGGUGGUGUGAAGGAAACCACAGAGCUCCUGAAGCAGCGAUUCGACCAUAUUCUCUACACGGGAAGUGCUGCAGUUGGAAAAAUUGUCAUGGAAGCUGCUGCCAAGCAUCUGACCCCUGUGACUCUUGAACUGGGAGGGAAAAGUCCAUGUUACAUUGAUAAAGACUGCGACCUGGACAUUGUUUGCAGACGCAUAACCUGGGGAAAGUACAUGAAUUGUGGCCAAACCUGCAUCGCUCCCGACUAUAUUCUUUGUGAAGCAUCCCUCCAGGAUCAAAUUGUGCAGAAGAUAAAGGAAACUGUGAAGGAAUUUUAUGGAGAAAAUAUAAAAGAGUCUCCUGAUUAUGAAAGGAUAAUUAAUCCUCGUCAUUUUAAGAGGAUCCUAAGCUUGCUGGAAGGACAAAAGAUAGCUUUUGGUGGAGAGACUGAUGAAGACACCCGCUAUAUAGCUCCAACAAUACUCACUGAUGUUGAUCCUGAAACCAAGGUGAUGCAAGAAGAAAUUUUUGGACCAAUUCUUCCAAUAGUGCCUGUGAAAAAUGUAGAUGAAGCCAUAAAUUUCAUAAAUGAACGUGAAAAGCCCCUGGCUCUCUAUGUGUUUUCUCAUAACUCUAAGCUCAUCAAACGGAUGAUUGACGAGACGUCCAGUGGUGGUGUCACAGGCAAUGAUGUCAUCAUGCACUUCAUACUCAAUUCUCUCCCCUUUGGAGGAGUGGGUUCCAGUGGGAUGGGAGCUUAUCAUGGAAAAUACAGUUUUGAUACCUUUUCUCAUCAACGUCCCUGUUUGUUAAAAAGUUUAAAGGGAGAAGCUGCUAACAAACUCAGAUAUCCUCCCAACAGCCAAUCAAAGGUAGAUUGGGGGAAAUUCUUCUUCUUGAAACGAUUCAACAAAGGAAAACUCAGUCUCCUGCUGCUCGCUUUCCUGGGUGUUCUAGCAGCUGUGCUUAUCAAGAAAUACCAAGCUGUGCUGAGGAGAAAGGCGCUGUUGGGUUUUCUGGUAGUUCACAGACUGCGUUGGUCCAGUGCACAGUGAUGCCCCGCAGAUUUCAAAGCCCGGCUCCCUGUUAAGAGUGAGGCUGGAUACUACUGAAGAAUGAUCCUGCUCAACCUCCUAGUUGCCACUACUGAAUUAUUAUUCUCUUAAAUGGCUAAUGAACCAAUAAUUCUUAAAUCCUAUCAAAGUAAGAAAAUAUACAAAUGCACUGUAAUCUAACCUAGAAGUUGUUGCCACUCACCCUCUAUAGAACGUGCCAUUUCAGCCAGAUCUCAGCAUUCCCCAACAGUGAGAAUAUUCAGAGAGCCUGUCAUAGCCAGUGCUCACUCAGACCUCAGAGCCUGAGGAUGGGGAGGAGAACGUGUCAGGCUAAGUGCAGACUCCUUGGGCCUGCAGAGCUGUCUCAGACCUGCUCAGUGACUUCUUCCGUCCAGGGCACUCUCCACCCCUUGCCCCUGUUCCCACUGUCACUGUGUGAAGCUUUCAAGAACUCAGCACUUCUAGGGCUACGAGCGGUGCUCUGUAGACUAGAGAGGGGAGGUGAGAUCUUCCUGGCUCCCCACGAGGUCCAAGGCACUAAACUGUAUGGGGGGCAAGGGAGGGUACCUCCUCCCGCCUCCUCCACUGGGACUUGAGAACUGGCCCUCCAGGAGUCAGCCUCGUGGUCAGAAGUGCCACUUGACCAGCGGCCUUCUCGUUCAUUCUCCAUCAUCGUGCAUUGUGCUUGGUUUUAUGACAGUCUUUUGUGGAUGUCCUCAAGUGCUUUUGUGACUAAUAUCACUCAAAGCAUUUUAUAAAUACUAGGGCUUCCUAGAAGAGUUUCAUUCUUCUGGUGCUGGAUUUACAGAAUUCCUCAUCUUAAAACCUAACUGGCAUUUAAAAAAAAUACUAUAAUCAAUAUACUUAUUCUCCUUUAGAACCCGAAAGUUGCAAAUUAGUGGAUCUUCACGGACAGAUCUAUAAGUUUCUUACAUUUGCAAUACAAUGCAAGUAAAUUUCAAUUUUUUAAACUUCAGAGAGAUCCCUUUCUGAGUAAACUUAACCUACAGAACUUAUAGGGGAACCAUCUCUUCUCACAGAGAAAAGAGACCUUAACUAUCAGGACUUGGGGCUUGAGACUCUCAUUGGCAGAUGGUAGGUCAUUGGGAGAGUAACUGUGUGAGCCAUUGCAGUUGGCUGUCUACUGAAGGAGACGAGGGAUGGUAAGAAGAUCUCCUGAGUAAGAAAUUACUCUUCUUAGUGCCUUAUAUGGCUAAGACCUGAGGUACUUCAGCCAACAGGAAAGUGCUAAAGAGGAGGCAGCUUGUGGAACACGACAUUGCCUGCCGGACAGUGGUGCCACACUCUGCCCAGCUGCGGGGCUCUGGGCCACACACAUUCCACCUCUUUCCUCUUGGAUUUGAAAAGGGACUUGGCCUGUUCAAUGAGAGAAUGUGAUUUACUUCUUAGAAUGUAUAAUUUGGUGAAUGAAUUGUUCCAUUAAAGCUGUCAUACUAA